AUGACACCAUGGAUGCAGGGCCAUCUACAACACGCGACGCCAAAAGGUCUCCGACUUCCAAUCAAUACGAUCAGCAGCAAGCGCGAGCGUGGUGAUGGCUUUGGUGCCGUCACAUACGCUUCCAACCCGCCCGAGGUGCAGCGCAUUAUUUGCGUGGAUGAAAUGGGGAACGUUAUACCGCAGUCUCAUGGAUCCGAAGCGAAUAUCUCGUCAGCGUGUACACUCUUCUUGACGUUCCAAGGAGUGGGCGAAGACAUGUCUGGCACCACCAUGGAACUCAUAGUUACACUCAAGAUGAGCAUGGCUGCAGCAUUUCUUCCACACUUUCUGCGCGAAGUCGCAGGCGCAUCACUGGCGAUCAACACAUUAACAUCGGAUGAAAUCCAAAAUCCCGGAGGCAUGGGCGCCAAGCCUACACCUUCACAAACUAUCGAGGUCAAGUACUACAAGUACUCCAACUCACUAUGUAGCCUUACUGCAUACAUCAAACUGUUUUUAUGA